AUGGCAACAAGUGCCGUCUCCGCAGGUACAAUUGUUGUGGAAGUCCUUAACAACCGUAACUAUGUGGAUUGGAGUGUUUAUCUUAGAAAUUACUUGUUGGCUCAAGACCUUUGGGAUGCAGUGAAGGCUACAGAUGAAGCUCCUGAAGAUGAAGAAAAAGAAGCUAAUGAUCCGUUCAAGGCUCGGAGAAAGAAGAAUGCCAUGGCUUUACAUACAAUCCAAAUUUCGUGCGGGCCAGAAGCUUUUGCGCUUAUUAGGGACAGCAAUUCAGCCAAAUUUGCUUGGGAUGCUUUGGCAGCAAACUUCAAGACACAAGCAUUACUUCCAAGUGAUUUGCCUGUUGAAUCUGCAACCUCAUCAAACAACCCAGGAUAUGACGAGAGUGUGUGUGAGUAUCAGCCGUUCUUCAAUGCUGUCAGGAGUGGGGAUUGGAAUAAAACAAAGGAGCUUCUUACCCUACAUCCCAAUGCAGCAAGAGCAAAAAUUCCGUACUCAAACAAGACAGCUCUUUACAUAGCAACAGAAUUAGAACACGACAAAAUUGUGGAAGAGUUGGUGCAAUGGAUGCUAGAGGAAGACUUGGAAAUAAAAUCUUCUGGUUGGACAGCUCUUGCUGUUGCUGCAGAUAGAGGAAAUAUCAAAAUAGUUCAAUGCAUGGUUAGUAAGAGCAAGAAAAUACUUAGCAUUGCCACUGAGAACAACAAUAUGACUCCAAUUCUCUUGGCCUGUAUGAGUGAGCAUUGGGAUGUUGUUCGUUAUCUCUACUCCGUCACUCCACUCGAAGAUCUAAUGCCUGACAAAGGCCCCUAUGGCGCUGGACUUGUUUGCCAUUCUAUCGGUGUCAAAAAAUUUGGUAUAAGCUUUUACUUAUGA